AUGGAAGCGUUGAAAGCGGAGCACAGGCAGUGGCGAGACGACGUUGCAUCACUGAUCAACAAACUCGAACUACGACUGGAUGCUCCAAGCGUUUUCAAGGCGGACUCACUGUUGCUGGCGAAGCUGCCACAAAAGCCAACGGGGCAGCCGAGACCGACGAAGCCGAUGCCUGCGGACGGAGAUCUGUGCGACAUUUUCCUGGAAGACGUCGACAGAGUUGAAGGGGACUCGCGAGAUCCCCAGAACGUACAGGAUGUCCCGGAGCUGGCGUUCGCUCCAGAGGAGACCGCUACGGAAGGCCCGGCAUUGCAGAACGGGAUCUCGUUCAAGAAACUGCGGAUCUCAACCGUGCAGAACUUCAAAACAGCUCCUGGUCCACUGCGCAAGGUGAUCAACGAGAUUCUGGAAGAUGCAUUGGAGGCGGCAGAGGAGAAGAGGGAGAAUCAGAAGAAGAAAGCCAAAAGGCUCUGGCCCUGUGAAGUGGCGGAGCGUUUGUUAGCUUCGAAAUGGUUCGAGAUCGUCACCGGCAUGAUCAUUUUUGUCAACAUGCUCACCAUUGGCAUUGAGGCGCAGCUGUCGCUGUCGCGUACUGGUGUUCCUGAGUGGGUUGAGACUAUGGAGAAAGCCUUCUUGUUCGUCUACACGCUGGAGCUUCUAGCAAGAGUCAUGGCAGGAGGUUUUAAGGCGUUUUGGAAUGCCUGGUUUCUUCUGGAUUUCUUUCUGGUGGCGGUGGGAGUGCUGGCGAUAAUGCUGAGAUGGCUUGGACCAGAUUCCCCGUUGAGCAUUGAUGGUUUCGAGAAGAUUCUCGUCUUCCGCGCCUUGCGUCUUCUCCGCCUGGUACGAGCACUGCGCAUGUUCGAGCACUUCAAAGUGGUGUGGCAUCUGGUCUAUGCCUUGCUGUCAGCUGGGAGAACCGUGCUGUCGGCAACAGCUCUGAUCGCGUUCACACUCUACAUCUUUGCUUGUGUCGCGGUGGAGAUCAUCACGAAGGAUGCGGUUAUCCUCGACAAUGCCGAGACCUAUGAGAUCGUGCAGACCUACUUCAGCAGUUUGCCCCGGGCGAGCCUGACACUCUUGCAAUUCGUGACACUGGACUCGAUCGCAGCAGUGUAUUCGCCGCUGAUUAUGACCCGACCGUACCUGGGAGUUUAUUUUGCAUCCAUAUUGAUCUUCGUGUCCAUCGGGCUGAUGAACCUCAUCACGGCGGUGAUCAUUGAAGGCGCCAUGGAAUCCUCCAAAGAAAAGCGGGAGGAAGAGAGAAUGGAGAUGAAAGAGAAGAUCCGGCAGUCAUUGCCUGGACUCUUGGAUAUGUUCUUCAGCCUGGACACCGAACGCACCGGCCGCAUCAGCAGAGAUCAUUUGCAAAACAAUGCAUUGCAGCAUUUGCCGCAAGCUUUGCUGGACAACCUGCCCAUUGAUGACGUUGUAGACCUCUUCGACAUCUUGGACGUUGAUGAGAAUAACUAUCUGACACAGGCGGAGUUUGUCGAAGGCCUGCUGAACAUGGCCUUACUGGAUACACCUCUGUGGAACGUCCAAGCCUUGAAGCUACUGAGACGAAUCGCGCACGUCACAACGCAGAUGCAUGAAGAUAGCCUUAGAUUGAGUGAAGAAAGAUUGAGAUCUGAUGAUGGUGUUCACUCGUCGCAUCUCUGA